CCGCGGGCGCGGCGGGGGCUGGGCGGGCCAGAAGCGUCCGCCGCUCCAGGCACUCGGCCCGGCCGCGGGCACCCCUAUGGCUAGCCCCACGCCGUCUGGCUUCCCAGCGCGCACCAACAGCCGCCUGGAUGCGUUCCUGCGGAGGCGUCUGCCGCCUGAGGUCUACGACGCCAUCCGCGCCUACGAGCCGUGCAUCGUGGCCUCCGAUUCAGAGAAACACACCUUAAAGUACGUGGUGCUCAGCGACCGGCUCAUCUACCUGACCGAGAACCCGCCCAAGUCUAUCCGGCGAGUAGUGGCGCUGAGGGACGUCGUGGCCAUCGACCUGAUUGAUGAUUACCCAGAAUUUUUGACUCCACCAAAUAGAGAAACCAAUCAACACAUUCGUAUCAUCUAUUAUUCGACUCUUUUGAAAAAUGAGUGUGAAAAAUCAAAAGGUGUCAGGAAAUUCUUAUUUCCAUUUCAUCAUACCAAUGCUAACAACAAAAAAGUUAAAGAAGAGAAUAAUGACCCUGUCUUUUGGAAAGGAAAAAAGCUUGAAAGUCUGAAUGAAUCCCUUUUCAGGUACCAUCAAGAGAGCAGCACACCAUCGAAGGACUUCACACUCUGCCCUCCUUCAGACCUCAAGAAGCUGUCCCUUCAUGGCCAAAGUGCCUGUGGACCCUUACCUACCCCCUCCAGGAGGAGCUGUCAGUCUGCAUCAGCCACUGGCAAGGCUGUCAGUGUGCCAUUUGGCACAACAAACACAAAAGAACCCCAGGGGCUUUCAGAUCACAAAGAGUCUCUAAGUGAAAUCCCUUUCAAGUGCAAUGGGAACGGAAAUGAGUUUUACUUAGGAAAUUCCUCCAUGGCCUCUCCUUUACAGAGCAACCCAAACUUAGAGAAAAAGGAGUCAGAACUUCAUUUGUACAUUAUUUCUACAACCUCUUCAAUGUUUCUGCACCUGAAAAGUUCAUGGAACAAUUAUAUUAUAAAAGCUACUCUUUUGCAAGAUCCCCUAUAUGUUAGUGAGCUCAGUCUUGCUACUGGAAGUCAAAGACCAUACAGAUCUGAGGAGAAAAUUAAGCACUUCGGUCAACUUAAAUCUGAACUUUUUCUUAAAGACAAUACUUUGAGGAAGAUACUUUGUUUAACCACAGAACUUAAAGGAGCAGCCCAGAAAAACUUCAUUUUGAAAAGGCUUUUCUGGAAAACCAGUGACCUUUUCUAUUUCCUCGUGAACAAACUUCAUGAGUACUUGCCAGAGUCUAGGGAUAAGAAUGCACUUCAAAAUAAAAGCCAAAGGGCUGAUGAGCUGCUAGCAUGCAUUGAAAUUAUACAGACUCUGGGACUGAUGUUCAGAGAAACAGAAACUGAGUCAUCACGCCUGAACACAUUGGCAGCUAAGAAGGGAACACUUUUUAAUCUCGUGGUAAUUUUAAUUAGCGAGCCUCAGAUUCCAAAAUCAUGUCCUGUGUUUGACAUCCAAUUGGUGGCUGAUUCAACUUUAGUUGAGAUGUCUUUUGAUGCUGAGUUACAGAAGCUUAUCCUGGAAUAUACAGACACAGCUACAGCACUUUUAUAUGAGAUACUUCUUGUCUUUCAGCAGGGAAAUCUUGGCUCGGGGUCAACAAAUUUUGCUAUUAGCUGGAUGAUGUCCUUUCUACAAAGUCGUCCUCCCACAAUUACUUUUGUGGCCAGUAUUGUGAAAGAAGUGGUGAAGGGGCUUUCAGCUUCAUUUCAGCUGUUCAGUCCUAGCCAAGCAGUUCUGUUGUACCAAAGACUUUACAUCCUCAAGAGCUGUCUGCAGUAUAGCAAGACUUUAGCUGAGUAUAUUAGGAAUGACUACAGAGAAGAAUUCAGGUAUUUUAUUCACAUGCCAGCCUUGGAAAAAAGGCUUCCAUUAUGUUACCCUAUUACCCAACCUACCACUCAACUUUUUCAUGAAGUUCUGAAACUGGUUGAACAGAAACAAUAUCUGAAAUGUUAAUGACUAUAAAAUGUUGAUUGGGAGUCAAUAUUUAUGAGAAACAUUUUUGAUUCAUUAUCUGGCUAUUCCUGUAUCCUAUAAACAAAGAUUUUAUUUGAAGCUUCCAUCAAUAUCUCUCUCAGAGAAGUUUUUAAUCUGCUACAAAAAAAAUGUUUAAAUACACUGACAUACAUAAUGUGGUGCUAAAGACGUGCAUUUUUCUAAGAGAAAAGGUUUCUAAACACCUAAAAACUUUCUAGACAUGAAGGAAACAGAAACCCACAAAGAGCAAAUGUAGAAAGUGCACCCUGAUGAGUUUUGUUGGUAUAAUAAUGGUGAGUGGCAGGAAGCUUCUGAAACAUCCAAAGAUAAACUGUUGUGGGGAGUAUAAGUUACCACGUGAUCACAUUAGAGAAAUGCUGGGCAACUGGAUGACAUCCCCCUUCUUCACCUGUAAGAAAUUCUAGUGACAUAAGUAUUCAUGGACGAGUGAGCAGGAGAAUCCAGCCACAGCUACAGGGAAGGCCAGUUCCUCAUUUAUCACAGGGAAGGAUGCUGGGGCUUUCUUGUCAAACUAAAUGUAUUCCCUCCGUCUCAGGCACCUGGGGGGUAACGUGAGCAGUCUUGUAGACUGACUAUGAAAGAGAAACGGUCUAUGAGCAGUUAUAGCUCUUCCGGUUAUUUUGAAAAAAUGUCUUCACUAUUUCUUAGGGCAGUGCUCUAACUUAACCCAACAAAACCCUUAACUGUGGCCCCACUGUUAAGCUACUGAAUUUGGGCUUCUCAGAAUUUAGGAACUAGGCCCUCCAUUCAACUUGAAGGAGGAUCAAAGAAAAAUCCACAGCCCAAGAAAGCGCUCGCAAGCCAGAUGUGCCUGUGCGAUGCCGUAGAGAGAGAAUUCAACUCACUAAGGACAUCUUGUUUCUGGUUGUGGCUUAGCUACUAGCCAGCUGGUUGACCUGGAAAGUCGGGUCUCCUUUCGGGGCUUCCUCUGCUACAUGGAAGGACAGGAUUAGAUGUUCUCUAGAUUUUCUUCCAGCUCUAACAUUCUCUGCCUGUGAUGAGACACUAAUGUUAAACACUCUGUAACAGGGGGGUGUGUUCCUCUGCUAGUCUUGCCCAGUGGGUUAUUUCACAUUGAUUCCAAAUAAUCCUGCUUUCUUUGGACUAACCAUUUCCGUCUCGGCUGCUACCAGCCUUGCCCAGAAAGUGUCCAGUCUUCUCCACUAAGCCAGGACUACAAGUCUUCUACUCUCCAAUCUGCGGGCAGAAAGGGGAGCAAAAUGGUGUUUAUGAGUGUCCUGGGCUGUUAGAUAAGGGAUUUAUUCCCAAGGGAUGGUUAAUCAGAAGAACAGAAAAAGAUUCUUAAGAGAAAGGUGAGCAACACUUCAAACCGGACAAAUAAUGGACUGUCUACUGUUGAGUAUGGAGCCUGUGGAUGAACCACAGGACCAACUCAGCUCUGGCUCAGCUUCUCGGCAGUGCCCUGGCUGGGCUAGUGGCAGUGAGGCUCUGGAGAGGGCUUGGGGCUUCUUUGCCAUGUGCUUUCCUGUGCAUGUUGCCUCUUCUCUCUCACUCUUCUCUUCACUCUGAGAGCAUACUUUAUCUCACCUCUGGGAGCAAAAGCCCCAUCCAAAUAUACCUGAAUCUUUCCACAUAGGGCUUAGUCAGUAGCUUUUUUGAAAGCUAGUGGUUGAAUAUUUGUUGUCCUGAUUUUCUUAUGACACAUGGCUAUUCAUCUGCAUAGUCUGGGAGAAGAGGGAAAACCCAGAAAUGAAUACUUGGAAGGUUAUCCUGCCGCAGUUCUUUCCUACUAUGUGUUUUUUGCAUUGUUGCCAAAGCCAAGAAAACCAUUAAAUAAUCCAUCUCUAUUAGUGGUCAAACACAUGUGAUUGACUAAAUAUUGAUCUCAACCACCAAAUAAUUAUUUUUCAGGGAAACUAACUGUAGAAAAAUUGUGAAUAGGAAAACCACAGGUGACCUUUUAAGAAUACAAAGAAUCACCAAAAAUGCCAGCGCACACAGCCAGUUUUCAGUUUAGAGAUUCUAAACUCUGAGCACUUUGAUACUAUAAACAUUGCCACUUACCACCUCCACUAAGAGUAAAGUCGUAGUAAUGAGCUCUGUCAUUAACAUAUGUGUUGAGGUUAAAUAGUUGGUUGAAAUUCCAGAUCUGCACUAGUUUUGGACCUUGGGAAAUUACUUAACAUCUCUAAGCUUUAGUCGAAACAAAGCUAUAGCCUGAGUAAUUAAAAAACAAACAAACAAACAAAAAAAAACAAAGCUAUAGCCUACCUCAUAGGGUUGUUAGAAUUAAAUGAAAAAGUGUUGGUAAAGCACGUAGCAUGGUAAUGUGGGAAGCAGUAAGGAUUCAGUACUUAUUAUUAAAAUACUGUCAAAGCUGCCUGAGAACCUCGAGAUUCCUAAGUAUUACCCUUAUUUAUUU